CUCCUUGAACGCGUCUCUAUUUUCCGCCGGUUCUUCGAGUUCUUAUGGGACAGGAUUCUCGCCUGUUCGAUUGGUAAGCCGCCCGCCAAGUACCGCCGUUUGACUCGCCCGGGCGCUGCAACUUCUUCCUCUUACUCCUCUUCCCCUUCUUGCGGCGGCCACAACGACGAUUACGGUGCUGUGACUUUCGUUGAGGCGUGCACGAAGAGUGGAAGCGGCGAGUUGGAAUCUUCCAACUCGGAUUUGGUGCCGCUGAAGAUCAGCCUAUUGGGUGAUUGCCAAAUCGGGAAAACGAGCUUCGUGGUCAAGUAUGUUGGGGAUGAACAAGAGAAGGAGAGCCUGGAAAUGGCUGGAUUGAAUUUGAUGCACAAGACAUUGUUAGUUCAAGAUGCCAGGAUUUCAUUCAGCAUAUGGGAUGUUGGAGGUACCUGA